CUGAAUACACAUUUUCUUUGUGUGAAAUUUCUGGUGCUGCCAAAAUUGUGCGUGCCCCUUUGCCAACUAUGACGUCGUAUGGGCAACACCAUUACAUAAUUUUUGCUGUUAUGGGACACACCAUCAUAAACGCUGUUUUUCUUUUCGCGUCGCUUGUCACAUAAUUAAGAAAGUUAUGGUUAAUUUAGGUCUAGAUACACAAAUAGAAAAGCACAGAAAAAAAUAAUUAUGGAAAUGCUUGCAAAACUAUAUAAGUUGUAAAGUUUCCACCAAGUGGACUCCUCAUUUGCAAGAUCUUUCUUUAUCUUCAAUUCAAUUCAACAAUGUUUGCCUCAAGAAUACUAAGAAACAGUGCUCAAACACUCAAGACUGAGCUACCUCAUAAGGAAACAAUCAAAAUGGCUUAUGACUUACACAAACCAAGAUCAACAGCUAUUAGACAUUUGAAUGAAAACCCAGAAGAACCAAUCUUAUUUUUACACGGGAUUUUUGGAUCCAAAAAAUCCUAUGCCACAGAUUCAAAAUUGAUUGCUAGUUCAACACAUACACCUGUUUAUACAAUGGAUUUGAGAAAUCAUGGUGAAACUGGCCAUGCUCAACCUUUUAAUUAUGAAACUUUGGCUCAAGAUGUUAAAGAAUUUUGUGAUGAACAUAAGUUAGACAAAGUUAAAUUGAUUGGUUACUCAUUAGGUGCUAAAGUUUCAAUGUUGACUGCUCUACAAUUCCCAAAUUUAGUUAAAUCUGCCGUUAUUAUUGAUAACGCUCCAAUUCCACAGCCUCAAAUUCAAUUAUUUAUGAAACAAUAUAUUAAAAGUAUGUUGCAUGUUUUGAAUGAAUCUAAAAUUAGGGCUGAUGAUAAAGAUUGGAAAAAUAAAGCAUCUGCAGCAAUGAAGAGAUUUUUACCAAAUGGUGUUAUUAGAAAGAAUUUAUUGGUUAAUUUAGUUAAUAAACCACCAAAAGAUUUUGAAUCUCCAGUUAUUGAUUUUGAAGAUGGUUAUAUUCAUUUCUUGAAUCCAAUUGAACAAAUGGAAGAAAUGGCUGUUAAAGAUGUCACGGAUUGGCCAGUUGAAACUACAAAAGAUUUGAAAUUUGAAGGUCCUGUUAAAUUUAUCAAAGGUUUACAAUCACCAUUUAUCACUGAUGAAGGUAUGAAGGCUAUUCAAACUCAUUUCCCAAAUAAUGAUUUCACAGAUGUCAAUUCAAACCAUGAUAUAUUGGAUCAAAGACCAUCUGAGUAUGUCAAGAUUAUUACUGAUUUUUUUAACAAACAAAGAUAUCAAUCUGCACCUGAUGAUACAAUCUUGGGUAAUAAAACUCCAACUCCAAAACAAACAGAAGUUUCAGCUUAG